AAAAGUUAAAAGUUGAAUUCGAGAUCAAUCGAUUUGAAUAUUUCAAUGUUACAUUCUUUCACUCCAACACCUCACUUAUCGCCUAACGUGACACCCUUCCACUACAAUACACGAUCUUCUAUGAUCCAGGGUUCACAAUGGCAGGUUCUCAACUCAAAAGGUUAAAGGCCUCUUUAAGAGAAAAGGGCGUUAUAGGACCACAAUUAUCUAAAAAGCAGAAAAAGAGAAAUGCGCAAGAUGGGAAAGCAAGCAACCGAAGAUUUCAAAAGGCGGCAGAGUUAGAGGGCAUCCGAGAGGAGUUCAAUCCUUUUGACUUAAAGCACAAUGCCCGUGGUCCCAAAUUUCAGGUCACCACCAACAAACCGGCGCCUAGCAAUGCUGCCAAAGGAAGGCCUAGCGAAGCGAACUCGCUUGGCGAAGAGAGGGUAAGUCAAACCCUUCUCGUCGAACUCAACCGACGCCAUAAAGUAGGUGGUAUACUCGAUCGACGAUUCGGAGAAAAUGACCCGCAUAUGGCACCUGAGGAUAAAAUGCGCGAAAGAUUUCUGAAGGAGAAACUUAACCACAAAAGCUCCAUGUUUGAUCUCGAAGACGAUGAGCCUAGUGAAGGGUUGACCCAUCUUGGAAAGUCCUUAUCAUUCGAUGGUCCAGGCUUGGUAGACGACUUCAAGGAAGAUGACCUUUCAGCUGGAUCUGACUCAGACCUCUCCGAUAGCGAGCGUCACAGCUCGAAACGCGUGCGGCCUUUCGAUACAGAUGGCGAAGAUGGCGAUCUGGUUGAAGGAGAGCCAGAAAGGAAAAAAUCUAAGCAGGAAGUCAUGAAGGAAGUCAUCGCAAAGUCGAAAUUCUACAAGGCUGAACGGCAGGCAGCUAAAGAUGCUGAUGAGGAUCUGCGAGAGGAGCUCGAUAUGGAGCUUCCAGACCUCCACGCCUUACUAUUCAACAGAAAAAAGGCGCCCGACGUUACAGGAGUUGCGGAACCUGAGUCCACAUCGGCCGGCAAGGAAAGGAUGGAGCGUGAUUACGACUUACGUCUCAGGCAAUUAGCCCAGGACAGAAGAGCACAGCCCACAGACCGAACUAAGACGGACGAAGAAAGAGCUCAGGAAGAGUCUGAAAGACUCAAAGAACUUGAAGAGAAAAGGCUAAAGAGGAUGCGCGGGGAAGAUGUUAGCGAUUCCGAGGAUGAGGAAGAUGUUGCCGAUACGCCGUCGGAAACGGGGCCAACCAAUGGUCCCAUAGUGUUCACGGAAACGGAAGAAGAUGACUUUGGACUAGGCCAGGGACUCAAGACUCGGAAAGGCCGGAAAAAUCGACCAUCUGCGACAGAACUUGGAUUCGACGAUGAGGACGACUUCCUAGUGGAGGAUGAUUUAAUAGCCAGUGAUUCUGAUCUAGAACCCAUUGAAGACGAGGCAUCAUCAGACGACGAAGGUUCAAAUGUUGAAGAAGAUGACGAUGAAUUUACGAAAGGGCUUUUAAACGAGGAAGAGACGCAAAAUCCAGUAUUUAGCAGUCGGCUCAUGGGCUCUACCACAACGACCGAUGCUAGGGAAGAUUCAAACGGGCUCCCUUACACUUUUCCCUGCCCGACCACACUGGACGAAUUCGUCGAAACGACACUACGAAUUCCGAUAGAGCACGUCCCAUCCAUGGUGCAAAGAAUCAGAGCGCUUUAUCAGCCGAAAUUAGACAGCGAGAACAAGUCAAAGUUAGCCAUCUUCGCUACAAUUCUCAUACAGUAUUUGCCAUAUUUGGCAAACCGGGCAGAGUUGCCACCGUUCUCUGUUCUCGAAAGCAUCAUCCGACAUAUUCACUCCCUCGCCAAGUCACAUCCUGUUGAGACUGCCAAUGAAUUCCGUUCUCAACUGGAGGACUUUGGCCAGUCAAGGCCACUCUCCCCCAACCUUGGUGACUUGGUUACGUUAACAGCGAUUGGAUCUAUAUUUCCAACUUCGGAUCAUUUCCACCAAGUAACAACCCCAGCAGCGCUUCUCAUCGCACGAAAUCUUGAGAGGGUUCCAAAACAUAUCGCAGACUAUGCGCAAGGGGCAUAUCUAUCGACUUUAGCUCUUCAAUACCAGCAGGUUUCGAAACGUUAUAUCCCCGAAGUGCUAAACUUUUGUCUUAAUACUUUGUGUGCUUUUGCGCCAGAGAGAGCCAAGAAGCGUCUAGGGUACUUCCCACUUCAUGAGCCCGCGGCAGGGACUCGCAUUGACGGUGCUCAGUCGGUUACUGUCAGGAAACUUACUCCUAUGGAUUGUGUCAAGAGCGAUGUGUCAGACGAGGCCGUCGAGACAAAAAUUGCCAUCUUGUCUACCGCAAUCCAGCUAUUGGAUGCUGCGGCAGACCUUUUCAAUGGCAUGCCCGCCUUCUUCGAAACAUUUGAGCCGGUCAAAAACGUCCUUGUUCAUGUAGCCAGCCGACCAUGCAGAUCCAGUCUCCCGGUGGCUUUCAAUGAACGUUCCGAGAAACUACGGCACAAACUAGACAGGAUGCUCGGACUCGCACAGAUGGCACGGCGGCCCCUCGAACUCCACCACCAUAAGCCUCUUGCCAUAAAGACGGCCGUUCCUAAGUUCGAGGACUCGUUCGAUCCUAAUAAGCACUACGACCCUGAUCGUGACAGAGCCGAGAUGUCCAAGCUCAAGGCCGAACACAAGAAGGAGCGCAAGGGCGCCAUGAGAGAACUGAGGAAGGACGCCAGCUUCAUGGCCCGCGAACAGCUGAAGAUGAAAAGGGCUAAGGACGCGGCUUACGAUAAGAAGUACAAGAGGCUAGUGGCGGAGAUCCAGGGCGAAGAGGGCAGGGAGGCGAACGCGUACGAGCGCGAGAAGCAGAUGAGAAAACGCGCGGCGAAGAGAUAGACUACCACUACCACCACCACUACUACUACAUAGGUAUAUAGGUGACUCCUAGGGGGGUGGGUUUAUGAUAUGCCAUGCUGUUAUUUACUACCUGGUAGUUUCACUCUCCUCCUUUCAGCAGCCGCGUGCGAGGAGGGCGUGAUAUACAGUAGGUACUUGCUAAGGCGAUGAAUUGCGCUGCUUGAUCAAUACCUAGGUAGGUAUGUAUGUCCAUUGAGGCGAAUUUCACUUCGUCUUAUCUACGAGACAGAUAUGUAGGCAGGGCUGACAGGGAGGUGUAAU